CCCGUGUGGGGGCGACUCGUUGGACUGCGGCGAUUGCGUUUUCGGGCAACAUGGAGCGAAUCUCUGUGGGAUUUACUCGGAAGGGAUUUUAACAACCGCCGGGGGAAAAUGGCCGAGAGGUUGGAGUGGGUGGAGAUCAUCGAGCCGCGCACGCGCGAGCGCAUGUACGCCAACCUGCUGACGGGCGAGUGCGUGUGGGACCCGCCGGCGGGCGUGCGCAUCAAGCGCACCGGCGACAACCAGUGGUGGGAGCUUUUCGACCCCAACACGUCACGCUUCUAUUACUACAACGCCUCCACGCAGCGCACCGUCUGGCACCGCCCGCGAGGCUGCGACAUCAUCCCGCUGGCCAAGCUGCAGACGCUCAAGCAGCACACCGACGGCGCCGGCCCCCGCCACGCCGCCACCGGCACCGGAGGAGGAGGAGGCGCGUCGGCCGACAAUAGUCCGGGACGUAACAGCGGCGUCAGCCGGGAGGGGAGCACCUCGUCCUCUCUGGACCAGGAAGGGACGGACAAGCAGGCCGGGAAAGACGACGCGGAGCGGACGUCGCCGUUCAGGUGGAACACGGGUACGAAGGAGCGCAUGCUGAUCAAGGUGACGGACCGGGAGCCCAGCUUCCUGUGCCACCAGGGCAACGGUUUCUCCCCGUGCGACCCGCCCACGCCGGGCGGGGGCGCGGCCUCGCGAAGCCGGCGUUCGUCCGGGGGCGGCGACCCGGCGCCCUCCGAACCCGACGCCUCCCCGGUCCCGUACUCGGAGCGCCGCAAUUCUCCCUUCCUGAAGCGCGCCGAUCCGGGCGGCACCCAGCGGCGCUCGUCGGCCGACUCGCAGCCGUCGUCGCCGCGCUACGCCUACGAGCCGCCGCUCUACGAGGAACCGCCCUCCGAGUACCAGCCGCCGCCCAUCUACGAGGAGCCGCCCUCCGACAUCCGCCUGGCCGACUCCCCCUCCUUCUACGGCACCGGAAAGUCGCCCGCCCGCAAGACCUCGGCGCCUCUCUACCACUCCCCCAAGCGGUCCCCUUACGGCCAGCUGGUUCUGACCCGCCAGAAGUGUCCGGAGAAGACGCAGAGUCUGGAGUACAGUCCGGUGGGGAAGGAGUACGUCAAGCAGCUGGUGUACGUGGAGCAGUCGUCGUCCAGCCCCCGCUUCAAGACCGCCGACCGCCUGCUGCGCUACGGCACCGCGGCCGGCUACGGCGGCUCCUACGGGGGCUCCUACACCCUGCAGCACAGCCAGUCUCUGAUCAGGGACCCCCGCCUGCUGCUGGACUACAGCGGCGAGGGCGGCGAGGGGGGCCAGAGGCUGCUUUACGAGGACUCCGUAUCCUGGACGUCCGGCCAGACUCACUCGCUGUCCUCGUCGUCCGCCGGGCCUUUCUCCCCCGGCGGAAACCGCAAGCGCAAGAGCCGCAAGCCGUCGCUCCCCCAGGAGCUGGCCCGCUGCGGCGGCGCCGACGGGGACUUCGGGGGCACGGCGUCCGAGGCCAUGCUGGCGCAGGCCCGGCUGGCCUGGGAGGCGCAGCGGGCGAUGAAGCAGCGCAGCAGCUGGGACUCGGGCCAGGGCGGCGGCGCGCAGGGCUCCAAGGACGGGUACGAGAGCGACGGCGCCGUGCCGCCCCCGCUGCCGGGCCCGGCGGUGAGGGCCUUCAGCGAGGACGAGGCCCUGGCGCAGAGCGACGGACACCUCUGGAAGCGGAGCACCUUCGAGCGCCUCGGAUUCCCGCAGGCCCUGCUGGAGAAGAGCCUCUCCGUGCAGACCAGCCUGGCCUCGCCCGAGACGUACCUCCACCCCUCACAGUCGGAGGACUUGGGAGCCUGCGCCCAGUUUGAGGCCAGUCGCAACGCCAGGAACAUGAUGCCGAGCGCCAGCUGCGGCGUUUUCCCGGAAUUCACCCUGAGGAAGCCGUCCUCCGAGACCGACAUCGAGAACUGGGCGUCCAAGCACUUCAACAAACACACGCAGGGCUUGUUCAGGAGGAAGGUGUCGAUCGCCAACAUGCUGGCGUGGAGCAGCGAGCCGAUCAAGAAGCCCAUGAUCGUCACGUCGGACCGCAACGUCAAGAAGGAGGCGGUGGACAUCUUCAAGCUCAUCCAGACCUACAUGGGCGACCGCCGCACCAAAGCCGACCCCCUUUGCGUGGCCUCGGAGGUGGUGGUCCGCGGGUGGAGCAACCGGGGCCUCCGCGACGAGCUGUACAUCCAGCUGUGCCGCCAGACCACCGAGAACUUCCGCUACGACAGCCUGGAGCGCGGCUGGGAGCUGAUGGCCGUCUGCCUGGCCUUCUUCCCGCCCACGCCGCGCUUCCACAACUAUUUGGAGGGAUACAUCUGCAGACAUAUGGACCCCCUCAACGACACCAAGGGAGUUGCUAUUAGCAGCUACGCUAAACACUGCUACAGGAAGCUAACCAAGGCGGCGCUGACCGGAGCCAAGAAGGGUCUUCAGAAGCCGUCCCUUGAGGAGAUCCAGCACGCCCGCAACGCCAUCUUCAGCCCGUCCAUGUUCGGCUCUUCCCUGGAGGAGGUCAUGGCCCUGCAGAGGGAGCGCUACCCGGACCACCAGCUGCCCUGGGUCCAGACCCGCCUGUCCGAGGAGGUCCUGGGCCUCAACGGGGACCAGACGGAGGGCAUUUUCAGGGUUCCGGGAGACAUCGACGAGGUGAACGCUCUCAAGCUACAAGUGGACCAGUGGAAGAUCCCCACGGGACUCGAAGACCCUCACAUUCCGGCGUCGCUGCUGAAGUUUUGGUACCGCGAGCUGGAGGAGCCGCUCAUCCCCCACGAGUUCUACGACGAGUGCGUCAAGAACUACGACGACGCCGACGCCGCCGUCCAAGUGGUGCUGGGACUGCCGCACAUCAACAAACUGGUGCUAUGCUACCUCAUCCGCUUCCUGCAGGUGUUCGCGCAGCCGGCCAACGUGUCGGUGACCAAGAUGGACGUCAACAACCUGGCCAUGGUGAUGGCGCCCAACUGCCUGCGCUGCCAGUCGGACGACCCUCGCGUCAUCUUCGAGAACACGCGCAAGGAGAUGUCCUUCAUCAGGCUCCUCAUACACGCGCUCGACACCCGAUUCAUGGACGCCGUCCUAUAGCCCCGCCCGAAAACCAUGACGACAAACGAACAAACGAGACGACGCCAUGGUUCCGCACGGCGGCAGGACUCCGCGCGCGUGCCUUCAGCAUUCUUUCCAUAUCCUUAAUGUCCUUGUACUAGUAUACUCUUUGUCCUCAAUCAACCAACCAAUCAAAUGUAAUUUACAUCGCACUUUUCAUUCAUAAAAAUGCAACCCGAAGUGCUUCACAGAGAUAAAAACAGCCAAAGUAGCACGACGCCCAUCCCCGCAUAGAAAUGCAAGCAAGAAUAUUCUGCGUACUAGUAGAACGACGAGGGAGCGCUAGUACGAUGACGAGGGCGGUAGUUCUCAAGCUUAUUGCGCCAAGUACCGCCCCAAAAAAUACUUGGCUCUCAAAGUACCCCGUCAUGGCCAACAUUACAAUCAGAUAACAUAUUAGGCCUAAGAAACAAUUCAUCGAAAGGAUCAAAUAAUUUGAUGGCAAUAAAAGGAGGACGCCGGAUCAAUUUUCCACACAGGCCGAUGUUACGGCACAUGAAGGCACCAGACCCCGUGGAGAGACGUUUUUAUCCGAUUGCUCGAUUUAUCGAUAGGCUCAUCGGAAGAAUACUCGGUCCUCAAAUAUUCCGUAUUUGCAGCCCUGCUGUUCCUCAAAAGUGAGACGUUUUAUUCCUCAAAAGUACAUUGAAUCUUACCGUCGGCCACAGUUUGAGCACCAGCUCGAAUGGAGGAAAGCAAAAAAGUGAACUUCGUUCAAUUCGAAAUGCAUUGCACAUAAAAGCUUCAUAGAAAUUGUACACCCAGUAAAGAAAAUAAAUAAACAAAUUGCUCAAGUUAAAUGAAAUGCAAGUCAACUUAAAAGGUACUAAAAAUGUAAAAAAAAAAAAAAAUGUACAUGGAAGUAAAACAUGCACAAUACUGGAUUUAAAAAAAGAAGGUUUCAAGUGUCAUUGUAAUAUGGUUAUUUCAGUGAUGCUUUCAUGUAUCACUAGAGGGAGCCGGCGUACCACGGGUGGUAUCGCCCGCCCACGUUGACAAUCACAUGCGCGGUCGUACAGUGCAACCUGAGCAGAUUCAACUCAUGGCAAAUCUGGGGGCAAUUUCAAUGUUUGCAUUUUCUUUUUUUCUUUUUUGGGAGAGAACAACCCCCCCCCCCCCCCCCAAAAAAAAAACGCUUAUUAGCAGUUGAUCUCCUCUUGUUCGAGAAUUUUCGGGGUUAAAAAAAAGAUUUGAUGAAUGCAAUUAGAAACGGGUGUCAAUUAUCCACGGAUAUUUGCUAUUGGCAGUCCAGCCCGCGAAUAACGGCGGUCCGCUCUAUUCUAGGCACGAGCGAGUGAGGGCAAAGUGCAUACUAGUACAUGGACCUUCAGCCAGAAAUAAAGGAUACGGACCAAAUGCUGAAAGGGUUUUUCCAUACGCCUUCACAGAGCAGGACCAACCCGGACGCCGUCCGGUCACGCGACUUCCUGCCGGCCGGCCCGACUCACCGCUGAUUUGCGAAUGUGUCUUUUUGUUGACUCGUUCCACACCAUUUAACGCAAACGUGCCCCUUUGGCACAGACCACACUUCCACAGGUUGAAGGCGAGCCGGACGAGGCGGCUCGGGCGCCGGGUUCGGAUGCCCCCCGGACGCCUCCCCGGCGAGGUGUUCCGGGGACGCCCCGCCGGGAGAGCCGGACCGAGUGGCCGGGGAGAAGGAAGUCCGGCCGGAUAAGCUAAGCGCGAGAAGUCCAGCGGCAAUUUUCCAACGUUCAGAGCAGUCGGCCGUCUGUGUGAAAGGGUGUUCCGCUACGCCGGGCGGGACGGGCGUGUCAAAUUUAAAACCUGACACUCGCAGAAUGAUCUUUCUCGGCCAAGUACGUGAAAACACAAGACUCUCUCUCACACUCUCCCGUUUGCUGGGUUCCGCGUCAAACUCGAAGGCGGAAUAAAUCCUCGGCAGGCUAUCUGUGUGAAAGAGGCCCCCGUUUGACCCAAAACGAGCUUAAAAGUACGGCGCUGCCUUGAGAUACCGGUGACCAAUGGAUUUUUUUCGAUUUUUUUUUUUUUGCUUUGACUUGCGAGCGGAAAUUUGAGAUGCGAGCGCCGUGCGGUGGCAGCGAAUGUAACUCAACUCACUUGACAGCGAGCAGACAACAAGUCCUGUAUUUAAAACAAUGUCCACUUAGCUUUAUGCUAACACAUCAUGGGAAACACCACAGAUGGGCUGACAAAACUAGCAUUGAUGCUGCAACACGUAGCGAGAAAAUAAGACAGUAUUUGCAGGCGUAUAUUAUUUAUCCUCUGCCAAAAACCGAUGACUGCAGUAGGUAUGAAAGUCAUCUUCGUUCGUCUCGUCUUGUUUGACUGUUUUAUGCCGCCCCCCGGUGGCCAAGUCGCACAUCCCUGAAUUCACCACGCUAUCUCAAGGCACCCCGCUGUUAUUCAAAUUUGGAAAUAAUUGUCAUUUUCAAAAUGUUUUCACGACGAUUCUAAAAGUUUGAGAAGCCGUCCAACUAAACCUGUUCUUUUUAUUUAUUUGUUAUUUAUUUGACGCCUGUUGACGAUGUCCAUGAAGUGUGUCGGUGGGGGGGGGAGAAAAACGACGUAUGGAGAAAUUGCUCUGAAUGUUAACGUGAGACUAACGAGCUCCGAAAAAAAAUUUUUGGGGUAAAUUUCCUCACAUUGAUCGAAGUUUGCCAGUCGUCCUUGUGGGCGUGGCCAGGCCCGCCCGAGCAGCCGGUCAGCAUGCAGACGUAGCCACAUCCGAGCAGAUAGUUCUCUUGAAGUUCUUCUUCAAUUUGGACCUUUUUUUUUUUUUUUUUAAGCUGAGGAGGAGGAGGAGCAGGAUGGUGAAGAGUGAAGAGUGAAGGAGU